UGGGAAGAAUGUGAAGCCUAGGUUGUGAAUAGGCAUGUAAGCACCGCCCUGGCUACCUGUGAUAUGGCGGAUAUAUUGUUUAGCCUAUAUUAUUGUUUACUCCGAAAUACUAUGGAGAAGACACUAAUGAUUGUAGUAAAAAAAUGAAUAAGGCUUAGUACUCUGGAAGAGUGGACAGACAAGUUCUGGUACAAUUCUUUGCUUUAGAUGCCACACAACUUCUAGAUUGUAACAAGACCAGGGGUUGGACCAAAAGCGUAGAGCUACACAAAAUAAACGAAAAAAUAUGGUCUCUUUCAAGAUAAACGCAGGUUUUGCCAUGAUUGAAAUACAGGUUCCUCCAAUUCACCAAAAACGUCUUUUGACUUUUGUUAACCAUUUCAUAAUUACAACGGUCUCUUUCCUGAACAACUUUGCUCAGACAUGUGAGCGAAAGUUGUUGUACACGGACAGGAAAAUGCAAAAACUUGAAGCUGAACUUUGCAUUCUGGAAGCCAAGUUGAACUCAAUUCCUGGAUUGGAAGAAAUAAAAAUGGAAGAAAAAGUUCAAGUCGAAGUCUCUAACGCAGGAACUGAUGUAACAGAAAAAUCUUCUGAGGCAAAAAUUCCACCUGCUGUUGGUUCCGGUGAUAAUGAGCCCGGAUCGUCACAACCUGUUGAGAGUCAGUCGGCAGAGAAUGAGAGUGCGACACCAUCAGCGGCUAAAGACCCUGCACUCGCCAGGUUUUUCAAAAUGAUUCAAGUCGGAGUCCCUUUACCUGCUGUCAAGCUAAAAAUGCAACAAGAAGGCCUUGAUCCCAACCUAUUAGAUUCGUGAAUGGACAAGACCAGAGUGUAUUGAUUUAAUGUUUUUAUUCAAACAAGUUUUAUAUGCAUUUACUUUGAAAUUGGAUCACUACUAGGUGCAUUACAUGUUGUUUAGUUAUUUUUUCUACAGUGAAACCUAGUCAAAACUUUUGUAUUUUUUCCAAGCUAUUUUCUGUAUGCAUGAAGGAUUAUAUUUUAUGUAUUAAAGGUUACUAUGUAUUU